AUGGUCGAGAAGGACGGACAAGGUCGCCGCGCCGAAAUUCUAAGCAUCAGAGAUACCAAAAGCGGCCGCCAAUUCUACUGCAACUUCGAUAAUUUCAACAAGCGACUAGACGAGUGGGUACCUGUUAAGAGGAUAGAUUUCGAUCAAGAUGUCGAGUGGCCGAAUCCCGACAAGGAUAAACCUAAGGAAGGAAAAGGCAAGAAUUCUACCGCGCCUAAGAGGAAAACCGUUGGAAAUAAAUCACAAAAGCGGCCUGGGAAGAGGGAACAAUCGGUUAUGUCCGAGGCUGUCACGCCUAUUCAGUGGACUGAUUUCGCCGAUAGUCAGUCGCAAUCGAAAGCUCCGUCGACGCCGCGCGAUCUCGAGUCGAAGGCUGGAGAGACUCCCGCUGCCAAUGGUGAUGAGAUGGACAUAGAUGACGAUGAACCAACACCCGAAGUUAAGAAAGAAAAUGGUUUCAGCAGGGAAGCAGAGAUAGAAAAGCUGCGGACCGGUGGCUCCAUGACACAGAACCCUACCGAACUCGCUCGAAUACGAAAUAUAUCUACAGUCCAAUUCGGUCAGUGGGACCUAUUCCCCUGGUACUUCUCGCCAUAUCCGGAGUCGUUUACACAAGAAGAUAUAAUAUUUAUUUGCGAAUUCUGUCUGAGUUACUAUGGCGAUAAGAAGGCCUUCUCUCGACAUCGGCAUAAGUGUACACUCCAACAUCCGCCUGGAAAUGAGAUAUACCGAGACGACUACGUAUCGUUCUUUGAGAUUGACGGGCGGCGACAACGGACCUGGUGCCGGAACCUAUGUUUGUUAUCUAAGAUGUUCCUCGACCACAAGACUCUCUACUACGACGUGGAUCCUUUCCUCUUCUACGUCAUGACACAGAAAUCUGAGAAGGGUCAUCAUCUCGUAGGUUAUUUCUCCAAGGAGAAGGAGAGCGCUGACGGAUACAACGUCGCCUGUAUUCUCACUUUGCCCCAAUAUCAGCGAAAGGGAUUCGGUAGAUUAUUAAUCCAGUUUUCCUAUGAGCUCUCCAAAAUCGAGGGCAAGCUAGGAUCCCCCGAAAAGCCGCUGUCUGAUUUGGGUCUUCUCAGUUAUCGCCAAUACUGGUCGGAGAAUAUACUGGAACUUUUGCUUGAGUGUAAUGAGCGGGAUGAGAAGUCGAGCAUUGAACAGAUCUCAACUUCGCUCGCCAUGACCACCCAGGACGUCGAGCACACCUUACAGGCGCUCAAGAUGCAAGUGUAUCAUAAGGGAGAGCACAAGCUAGUCAUUCCGGACUCGCUGAUCAAGCAGCGAGAGAAGUCUAAGCUAAAGAAGAAGCGAUAUAUUUCACCCGAACGCAUCCAGUGGAGACCCCCUGUAUUCACUGCUUCUUCGCGGACUUGGGGUUGGUAA